AAUUAGGGGGGUGGUCUUUAUCCACAGUUAUAUCAGGGGCUACAAUUAUUAAUUAGCUGUUAUACUAGAAAAACAACAAACAGAGAAAACACAAGUCCCACUAGAUGCUGUACCCCAGCUUCCUCCACCUCUACAGUAUCAACUGGUAUUAGCCACUCCCUAGCCACACCUACUGCCCCACCCCCUACUCACAGAGGCUCCGCCCAGUACAGGCAGUACAGGUGUCUAUUAGCGUCUGAGGUGGUUCAUUUAAUGUGUCUAGUACCAGCAUUCUUUCAUCAUCUGGACUCUAAUAAUGGUGUACUGGAGAUGGUAUCAGUGGCUACUAAUGAUACUAAUAUUGGUAGUGUCAUUAACCACAUAGCCUGGAGGAUACAGAACAAUGGAGGUGAUGUGUGGGAUCUUUAUCAUGAAAUAGCCACUUACCUGUUACAAGCUACCACCACUAACGUCUUCUCUAAGAGACACCACAACAGGUCACUGACUGUCCAUCAGAAACAAACCAGUCACUCAUCACCAGUCAAAUCAGCUUCUUCUCAAAUAUUCCAAGUCCCCAGGCGGUCCUCCUCCCCUGUCCCUCCCCCCAGGCGUGUAUCAUCAGCUGGUCCAUCAGUACCCACUGGAAGGAGACAAAGGACAACACUUCAACCUGAAUUAGGUGAUAAAGUCUUAUGUGCUCCUGAAAGGAUGGCUAGGAUAGUAGCUCUACCAGAGCCUCAUGUUGCUGUCCUUCAGCUCACCGAGGUUAAAGGUAUCUCAGGGGGCCCUCCUGACUCAUAUUUCUACACUGAUCCAAGGGGUCUGGUGUGGGACAGUAGAUUGGGUCACUGGUCUAAGGAUGAACUGGGGUCUGAUCUCAGUGUAGGAAGACUGCACACUGGUAAGGAAUAUAUAGAUAAUCUGUGGAAAGUGCAUGUGCAUUGGCAGAUUAUAUAUUAGCAAUUUUUGUUACACAUGUUAUUGAGAA